CCUGCACCGCGGGGGUCUCCUUCUCUGCACCGGGCCCGGACUCCACCAUCACACCCUCCCUCUCUGCAGCCUCCAUCGGUCGCCAAACUGCAGCGAGUGCGGCGGUGGAGGGAGGAGAAGAGGAAGAGGAGGACACGAGAGGAGGCUUUGGAGGAAGAUCGCCGUGCCACCGUUUUGGUCCUGGAGGGGAGGAGCCAGUUGUUGAUCUCUACGCUGCAAAGACAAGGCGCCGCGCACAGCAGAGAGUGAGGGACUGCGACCAGUGAAGAAGACGCCCGACACGAUGAAGGAGAGUCGGCCAGUUCAGGCCUUUUAGCUCAGACGAGGGAACUGCAGGGGAGGUGGAGGACAGAAAGGACACCGAGGAGACAAAGUGAACCACAUGACCAGAACUCGGAUGGGCUCCAAAUCAGCGAUGUUCCCCUCGGGCGGGGAUUACCUCCUCCCCGCCGUCUCCCUCCCCAUCCCUCCCGCUCUUCCUCCCUCGCGCAGCAGAGCACACGCCCAGUUCCAAGAGUCGUGAGAGCUCCCUGUGCUCACCCUCCCACACACACACACACUUGUGCUUACUCUUUCUCCCUCUCUCUCUCCGACACCCACACACACAUACACACACACGCACGGUUGUAUCCCGCUCAUGGUCGUUUGCCUGCCCUCCUCGGCUGCUUCUCCCGCUCCAGUCCCAGACCAUGAAGAGGCCCAAGCAGCAGACGGGGCCACUGAGCUUCCUGAACUUCUUCAGCAGGAAGCCCAAGUCGGAGCCGCGGCCCGAGAGGCCCCUGGAAGUGUGGCCCAAAGAGGAGGUGGCCAUCACCCUGACGCCCAGCGAGCACCCAGAGCAGGACCUCAGUGUCGCAGCAGACGAGGUUGGAGAAUCAAGAGUUUCUGGUGCCGAAAGAGGAGAAGAAGGAGGCGCAUCGGCAGCAGCCGAGGUUAGUGAGGAGGCCGCCGCCGCCGCCACGGCCGAAUGCGCGUGCGGGGACACCAGGGGCUCCACCGGCCUCCUGUCCCUCUCCUCCUCCAGCCAGGAGCAGCUACGGGAUGAACAUCUGGAGGAGUGCCCGCUGUGCCUGCUCAGUCAACCGCGUUGCCACUUCCCGCGACUCAGCUCCUGCUCCCACCGGGCGUGCUCCGACUGCCUCCGCCAGUACCUGCGCAUUGAGAUCUCGGAGAGCCGGGUGGGCAUCGCGUGUCCGCAGUGCCCCGAGACGCUGGCACCGCUGGACGUGCGCUCCAUCCUGGAUGACCGGGCGCUGCUGGAGCGGUUUGAGGAGUACCAGCUGAGGCGUUUUCUAGCUGCUGACCCAGACACACGCUGGUGCCCUGCGCCUGACUGCAGCUACGCGGUGAUAGCUUACGGCUGCGCGGAGUGUCCCAAGCUGAGCUGCGGCCGCGAGGGAUGUGACACGGAGUUCUGCUACCACUGCCGCCAGCUGUGGCAUCCCAACCAGACGUGCGACCAGGCCCGGCGGCAGCGAGCCCGCCACACCUCAGGUGGCAACGAUGCCUCCACGCUGUACGUCUUCAAUGAAGAACCUGGAGGAGAUGCGGAGGAGAUCAAACCGUGCCCUCGCUGUGGUGCCUACAUCAUGAAGACCAAUGACGGCAGCUGUAACCGUAUGAACUGCACUGUGUGUGCCUGUCAGUUCUGCUGGCUGUGUAUGCAGGAGAUCACCGACGUGCACUACCUCAGUCCCUCAGGAUGUACAUUUUGGGGGAAGAAGCCAUGGUCACAAACCCGCAAGGUUCUGUGGCAGGUGGGCAUGUUGCUCGGAGCACCGGUGGUCAUCUCCCUCAUAGCGGGCAUCGCCAUCCCAGUCAUCAUUGUGGGCAUACCGAUCUACAUGGGCAGAAAGGUCCAUGGUCGCUGUAAGAAAAACAAUAUCUCAGGAAGCAAGCACUACUUGACUGUGGCAAGUGGGGUGAUGAUGUCAGUCUUUGUGUCGCCAGUCAUAGCGGCUGUCACUGUGGGUGUGGGUGUGCCGCUAAUGCUGACGUAUGUGUACGGGGUCGUCCCCAUGUCGCUCUGUAGGAACGGCUGGUGUCGGCCGCAGAGUGAACCUCCUGAAACACAUAAAAUCCAACUGGAGGACUUAGCCAGCUAUCUUCUAUUCUCUCAUGUAGUCAGCGACCACUGGACGGGUCAGACCAACCCGGCGCUCGGCGACACCAGCGUCCAGGAAGUUAGAGUCAGUAUACAGGAAGUGGGCGUCCUCCCGAGCACAAGCGCCGCGCCCCCAGAGCUAGAUAGCUAUGCGAGAUUGGAAGAAGCCACAAAACGCCAUGAAUACACCCAGCAGGACGGCCCGUCGGACUGCGAGGUGGUCAUCGUGCCUGAGAGUGAAGUCGACGACACACAAGCACUUCCUCUGAGGGAAGGAACCAAUAUUGAGGUCCGGGUAGAAAUCGAGUCCCAUCCCAGAGGCGCCCGCCAGCCCAGCCUCAGUAGCAUCCUGUCCAGCCGAAGCUUGUCAGCGGAGUCCCUGGGACACUCGCAGUCGCAGUCCCAGUCCCAGGACUUCUUGUGUGCCUCAGAACUGGAGGAAAGGCGAGAGGGGAGACGAGGGGAAGGAGAUGAGCAGGAGGGACGGGAGAAGCCAGGAGGGGGAGCCGCAGCAGGAGGGACACCUGCCUUUGAAAUAGAUGGCGUAUGAGAUCCUCCAGUGCAGGCUCUGUACUUGGUUGAAGAUUUUAUUCAGGUUUUAAUGGACACAAACGAAACCAUGUGCUGACGCGUCGCUGGACUGACCUGAAAAUCGCUGGCCAAGGCCCCCCCCCCCCCCCCCCCCGCUUCCACCAGAUGCCUUCUAGCGCCGUCCUCUUAAAGGAAGACGUGGGUUUUAGAGAGAGCAAAUGAGAAAGUUGAGACUGUGUGUGUUUGUGUGUGUUUGUGUGUGUGUGCGUGCGUGUGUGUAUGUGUCUGUGCGUGAGACAAAUGGCAUGAGAUUACGACAUUAAAACUGGAGGAGGGGGGACAAAACUGUGUUGCAGACAGGAUAGCACCCAUCAGGGAAUGUAAAACAGAAGUGACUGAGAGCAUGUUAGCCAUUUUUUUUAUUUUCUCUCUGUCUCUUUCUGAGUAGAGACCACCCUACUCCCUCGUCUAUUAUAAAUCAUCACUUCUUUCGGUGACCUCACCUCCUUCCUCCCCCUUUUGUCCUUAACAAAAAUAGAGUAACCCUCACAAGCAUGAUUUGUUCUAUGGGGGGAGAUAAACAACCGAUCUCUUCCUAAGCCAUGCUGCAAGACAAUGAGAUGUUUUUUUACUACCUUAAGGAAUAUCUCCAGAAUUAUAGGACGCAGUGUUCACUGCUGAAUUGGGCGUUGCAUGCUGCACUGUUCGAUUCCUCGCGUGUGAAAGGAGUCGGGCUGAAAAUGACAUUCGGGAAACUGUCCAAGCCUGGAUUCAAAGAGGCCCUGUGACAUUGUGGCAGGUUUAUAAUCAUAACGACAAAUAUUUAUCACAGAUCUUUUACCGAAGCGGAUGAGAGGCAAUAUCACUUCAGUGCAUUGUUAUAGCUCAGCUUUUAGCCUUCAAGAGGCCUCUUCCUUCCAAACUGAAGAGGGAGACAUUGCGUUAGUUUUAAAAUGCCCAUUCUAAUGCAGACACGCUCAUUAGUAUCAAUGUGGCAGCAACACAGCACUCUGAGGACUCUCAACUUUUAAAAAUAGCCGCAUGAUUGCUCGCUGUGUAUCCAGGACAACACACAUAUGCACACGCACACACACACACGCACACACACACACACACACACACACAGCAGUUAGUGUAGCUGCAGUAGUGUGCACUGCUGAGAACAUUAAAUACAAACUGAAGACCCUCUCGAAUAUUCAAAGAGCACCAAACGUUUCAACAGCAGCAUGCCACCUCAGGCCGAACUGUAAUAGCCCCUUCUAGAGGACUUGUGAGAAAUACGUGACUGUACGUGCACUGCUUAGCUUCCUGAGUGUGAAAUACCUGUGAGAGAGGAGCUCCGAUGUGACAUGUUAACCUGUGCUGGGUUGUGGAGAGAAUAUGAAAUAAAGAUUUCACCAUGAAGGACAA